GCCGUACCCACGUAUUCCGCCGCCACAGGGCUGACCUACUUAGUCCUGUUGUGUUUACAGUCUGCUGUGUUUACAGUCUGGCCUCCUCUCCCUCCUCUAGCAAAGGCGACGGCGAUAGUACCAGCGACAGACGUUUGUAGUAGCUUUCAACACCCACACCCCACACAUACCACAAGAUGCGGAUACCACAGUCGUAUAUCCAGAAAUGCAAGGUUGUAGCACACUGUUUCCAGGCUGUAUUCGUCUUCGUCGCAGCAUGCUUGACCAUAGCCGUCAUGACCAAGGAUGGAGACAUCGCAGGAGCUACUAAAUACUUUUUCGUAAUGUGCUUUCUUUCCAUACCAGCCAUCAUCUACCUCACAAUGGUGCCCAUGUGGUCCCGCGCCCAACGGUUUGCCUCGGCCUAUGCCUUCCUCGCCGUCGACGUCCUGUACACAAUUCUCUGGUUUGCGGCCUUUAUUUCAGUCGCCAUGUGGAACUCCGAGGGUAUCAAGGAAGGCGCAGCAAAGGCAAAGAUCCCGGACGACAAGCGCAACUGCACAACGUUUAUCUAUGGAGACGAGGCCAAGUGCAAGGUCAGCAAGGCCGCUGUCGGCGUAGGCGUCAUGGUCUUCCUCUUCUUCGCCCUCACCACCGGCAUCUCAGGUUACUACCUGCACAAGUUCCUCCGCGAAGGCGAAAUGCCCUACCAAUCUUCGUCCUCAAACCCGCACUACGCCUCAGGCGACUCUGCCUACAACAACCCCAAAGACGCUGCCUGGUCCACCGAAAUCGAAACUGCCCACGGCCGCAACUCCUCCGACUCGCUCGACCAGCGCACCGAACACGGCGGCAAUCAGCAAGAAGACGAGUACGCCCUGCUUCACUCCACCGAAACAGAUGAAGGACGUCACCCCGGUCGCCCACUUAGCUGGGGCGAAGACAGAAACGGCGUUUAUGGUCCUGGAGCCGGACGAACUGCGCCCCCAUAUGCGGAUUACAGCAUCCACAGCAGAGGUCCCAGCGUUGUCGCUGGCGCCGACGCACUUAGCCCAAGUGGAUAUGAAGAGUACAGGAGCCAGACUGCGCCGGGUCUCGUGCCGUUUACAGGCCUCAGUGGAGUAGAUCGACAGCCUAGUCAUACGGGGAGUGGAUAUAGUUUUAGCGGUGGACCGGAACGGGUGUAACAAUUGCAUUUUUCUUGCAUUCUGGAUCAAGUUAUAAAAAGGGGAUUUAGCAAAUUUUUGUUUUCCAGCGGAUCUUUGGUUACGUGGCAUUGUUUAGCGAUUUGGGUUCUUUUAGGAAGGGAAAUCUGUGUUUCUGUUUCUGGCGACGAGGGAGAUGUAGGAGAUGUGGGAUUAGGCUUCGUUGCAUGGAGGGCUCGUUCCUUUGAUGGGUUAUGUGUAUGCGAUUUAGCGAUGUCUAUGCUCU